GCGAGGUGGCCUAACUGGACCAUAGUUGGGGCAGAAAAAAAAGCGCGUUUCUUGCGUUUGACCAUCAGGCCUUAAAUGCAGGGUUUUUAUCGUUUUAAAUAUGUAACAAGGAACAAAGCAACAACGAUGGCGACUGUGGAACAGUGUCUGCUAGAACAAAUGGACCUAGAUGACCAGAUGGACACUCAGACACCAAGGGGCAGCAACCAAGAUUCACUUUCCUCCCAGUUGUCCAACGGCUACAUUCUGCCAGAGGGCAGAGUCACUCCCAAUGCCAUCUUUGUCGGUGGGAUUGACACUAGAGCUAAUGCAGCCGAAAUGAGGGACUUCUUUGCGACAUAUGGUACAGUCAAGGAUGUGAAAAUCAUCACAUACCGUGGAGGACUCAGCAAAGGGUAUGGGUUUGUGUACUUUACUGAAGAUGUGGACGUUAAGUCAAUUGUUGAUCAACAUAUCAUUUGGAAGGGGAAGACACUCAAGCUGGGCCCCGCAAUCAUCAAGCACAGGACUUGUCGAACUAGACCACCACCGCGUAUGAUGCCACUUGAGCCUUGGAUGAGCCCCUCCCAGUAUGUGUACUGCACAUGCUGCCCACCCAAUGCAACUUCUAUGACCCAACCCUCACCCUUCGUUAAUGGUGGAAGCCCCUACUAUCACCAGCCGUACCCCUACUCCCAAUUUGGAAGCGUUAUGAUUCCACAGAUGCCAGUGAAUCCUCAUAAUGCGUACGCCUACCAGGUACAAUUGAUUUGUUUGCUCUACUUUCUGUCCAUUUCUGCUUACCGAGCAUCUGAUCUGGUCCUAUUUUCCUGUUUUGUACUGUCUGACAUCUGGCCCUUUCCCUUGCACACACACAGUACGCUCCGCCUUACUGGACAGCUGACCAGAGAGCACGGCUGGGCAAUCAGAAUGCUGUUGAGUGUGGCGUUCAGACCAUGCUGACCGUGCUGUAGCUCGCACAGCUUCUGACCCCACACCAGGGUAUACAGGACAUCAGAAUACAGAUAAGACGAAACCUCUACUUCACCCGACUGCCACAAACCUCCCCCCUGACAUUUUGUUUCUUUCAUUCGCUUGGCUUCUGAGGUCAAUUUUAAUUUAUUUUCUAGUCCCAUCACAGUCACCUUUGACCCACAACUGGUCGGGACCACAAACCUCAAAGUGCUUUUAAUGUGUAAAGAUCACUCAGAAAAGGGUCACGAGGAAGAGCAGAGCACUCUCACCGUACCAGCUUGUUUGCUAAUUAAUUACCCGAAAAAGUGAGAAAAAAAAAAAAGUAUUUUAAGAUCACCUUUUGUGCCUAUUUAUAUUUUUUUUACAUUUUUGAUUUAUUUAAUUUUUUUAAAUGUUGAGUUGGUCUUUAUUUUUGACUGUAAAACAAUAUACAAAAAUAUGUGUAUAUGAUAACGGCCUGACAACACUAGUUUCUAUGCUUCAACAUUUUGGCCAUUUUAUUGAGUUUUUACACCCACGUUUACUUUGUUCUUUAAUUUCACAUGACAUCGGGUGGAGGCGAGCACUGGUAAGGCAACAGAGUCACAUUUCGCACAUAAACUUGAUCACACAUCACUAUCACAUGGCAGAGUUACCAGCCAACUUGUUUGAAGUUUAAAAAUGCCUUGAAAUGCCUUUGACAUUGAAGGACAUUUCAAGUGCUCUUUUUGGGAGAAGAAAGUUAACACAUGCAUGACUCACUAGGGUCCUAGUCGUUUGUAUUUGAGGAUUCAUCCUGACGCAAGUUUUUGUUUAUUUUACACUUUGUAAGGUAGAAAAACCAGCACUGCCUCAUUUGCACUGCACAUAUGGUGAUUGUUUUUAUUGCCUUUGUCUGGAUUGGUGCAUCUUGGCGCAGGUUGUAUAUGUUUCAGGAUUUUCAGGUCUCGUGUGCCCCUAAAAAAAAACACUGCUGAAGUGUGUAUUCAGGGAGUCUGGGCAUUGCACUGUUCAUUUUUGUAGUGUUCCAUGUGUUUGGAUAAAUAAAAACUAUAAUAAAAGUUUAA